GCCUUGUGGUUGAAGAUAUACACUCAUUUCAUUAUGGGGACAUAAUUUUGAAGCAGGGGCCUAAAAAAUAGGUAGGGCUCAAAGAGUCAGACUUUAUUUAGAAAUAAAAGGUUUUCCUUAAAAAAAUGGAGAGCUUUUAGAAGUGAGGUUUUGCGUCAGAUGGUUGAGACCCAGCAGCAGGCUGCUGAACGGUCCAGGGUGAGUGACAGCUGGAAGCCCCGCCCUGAGCCGCUCCAACCGGGCUGACUGACUGUCUCACCCGCCGCCGCUGCAGGAAUGGCCGACAAUAUUCCGCUCCAACCCGUCCGGCGACCGAAAAGACACGACAGUAAACACAGAAACGGGUGCUGCCCAUGGUCAAGAUGCUGUGGUAUGGGGGACCUCCGACCCCGCACCGUGUGGCUUGGCCACCCAGAAAAAAGGGAGCAGAGGUACCCGAAGAAUGUCAUUAACAACCAGAAGUACAACUUCUUCACCUUCCUUCCUGGGGUACUCUUCAAUCAGUUCAAGUACUUCUUCAACCUGUACUUUCUGCUGUUGGCUUGCUCUCAGUUUGUCGAGGAGUUGCGUUUAGGUGCCCUCUACACCUAUUGGGUCCCUUUGGGUCUUGUUUUGAUUAUUACCAUCAUGAGAGAAGCGGUGGAAGAAAUAAGGUGCUACCUUCGAGAUAAAGAAGUCAAUUCUCAGAUUUACAGCAAGCUUUCAACAAGAGGCACCAUGAAGGUUAAAAGCAGCGGAAUCCAAGUGGGCGAUCUGAUAAUUGUGGAAAAGAACCAGCGUGUUCCUGCUGACAUGAUCUUUUUAAGGACCUCUGAAAGAAAUGGCUCCUGUUUCCUGCGGACUGACCAGCUGGACGGGGAGACAGACUGGAAACUACGCCUCCCUGUGGCCUGCACACAGAGGCUGCCCACGGCUUCUGAACUUCUCCAGAUCAGGUCCUACGUGUAUGCAGAAGAACCUAACAUCGAUAUCCAUAACUUCAUCGGCACUUUCACCAGGGAGGACGGAGACCCACCGGUUAAUGAAAGCCUCAGCAUCGAGAACACCCUGUGGGCCAGCACGGUUGUAGCUUCUGGCACGGUGGUGGGGGUGGUGAUUUACACAGGAAGGGAGCUGCGCAGUGUCAUGAACACCUCCAACCCCAGACAUAAGGUGGGGUUGUUUGACCUGGAGGUGAACUGUUUGACCAAGAUCUUGUUUGGGGCUCUGGUUGUGGUGUCGCUGGUCAUGGUGGCCCUCCAGCACUUCGCUGGUCGUUGGUACCUCCAGAUCUUUCGCUUCCUGCUUCUCUUUUCCCACAUCGUGCCCAUCAGUUUGCGUGUGAAUCUGGAUAUGGGAAAGAUGGUUUUCAGCUGGAUGAUUAAGAAAGACUCCAAGAUCCCGGGGACGGUGGUGAGGGCCAGCACCAUACCUGAGCAGCUUGGACGAAUCUCCUACCUGCUGACGGACAAGACAGGCACCCUGACCCAAAACGAGAUGGUGUUCAGACGCCUCCAUCUUGGAACUGUGGCAUACGGGAUGGACUCUAUGGAUGAAGUCCAGAGCCACGUGUUCAGCGCCUACACUCAGCCCAACCCCGACCUUCCAGCCUCCAGAGCUCCAGCAGCCACCAAGGUCCGAAAGACCAUCAGCAGCAGAGUCCACGAGGCGGUGAAGGCCAUCGCCCUGGUGCAUAAUGUGACCCCCGUAUACGAGGCCAAUGGUGUGACGGACCAGGCCGAGGCUGAGCAGCACUAUGAGGACACCUGCAGGGUCUACCAGGCAUCCAGCCCAGAUGAGGUGUCCCUGGUGCAGUGGACCGAGAGCGUCGGGCUCACUCUGGUUGGAAGGGACCAGUCCUCCAUGCAGCUGCGGACCCCUACUGGACAAAUACUGAACUUCACCAUCCUUCAGAUAUUUCCCUUCACCUACGAGAGCAAGAGGAUGGGUAUCAUAGUGCGAGAUGAGUCUACGGGAGAAAUUACUUUCUACAUGAAGGGUGCUGAUGUGGUGAUGGCAGGCAUCGUCCAGUACAACGACUGGCUGGAGGAGGAGUGUGGAAACAUGGCAAGGGAAGGUCUGAGGGUCCUCGUGGUCUCCAAAAAGUCCCUGACAGAAGAACAGUAUCAAGACUUUGAGGCGCGGUACGUCCAGGCCAAGCUUAGCGUGCACGACCGCUCGCUGAAGGUUGCCACGGUCAUCGAAAGUCUGGAGAUGGAGAUGGAGCUGCUGUGUCUGACUGGGGUGGAGGAUCAACUCCAGACUGAUGUCAGGCCCACCCUGGAGAUCCUACGCAAUGCAGGCAUCAAGGUCUGGAUGCUGACUGGAGACAAGCUUGAAACGGCCACAUGCACAGCUAAGAACGCCCAUUUGAUCACCCGAAGCCAGGAUAUCCAUAUCUUCAGACCAGUGACAACACGAGGGGAAGCCCACCUGGAGCUCAACGCUUUCAGGAGAAAACAUGACUGUGCUCUGGUGAUAUCGGGGGACUCGCUUGAAGUUUGUCUCAAAUACUACGAGUAUGAGUUCAUGGAGCUGGCGUGUCAGUGUCCUGCUGUGGUUUGCUGCAGAUGCACCCCCACUCAGAAGGCCCAGAUAGUCCGACUGCUGCAGGAGCGCACGGGCAAGCUCACCUGUGCUGUAGGAGACGGAGGAAACGAUGUCAGCAUGAUCCAGGAAGCCGACUGUGGCGUGGGAGUGGAGGGGAAAGAAGGAAAACAAGCCUCUCUGGCUGCCGACUUCUCCGUGACUCAGUUUAAACAUCUGGGACGUCUCCUCAUGGUCCACGGACGGAACAGCUACAAGAGAUCAGCAGCCCUCAGCCAGUUCGUCAUCCACCGGAGUCUGUGCAUCAGCACCAUGCAGGCAGUUUUUUCCUCGGUUUUCUACUUCGCCUCUGUCCCGCUCUACCAAGGAUUCCUGAUUAUCGGUUACUCCACUGCCUACACCAUGUUCCCCGUCUUCUCUCUGGUGUUGGACAAAGAUGUGAAGUCAGAAGUUGCCAUGCUGUACCCCGAGUUAUAUAAAGACCUGUUGAAGGGCCGGCCGCUCUCUUUCAAGACAUUUCUAAUAUGGGUCUUGAUAAGUAUCUAUCAAGGCAGCAUCAUCAUGUACGGAGGUCUGCUGCUCUUUGAGUCAGAGUUCGUCCACAUCGUGGCCAUCUCCUUCACCUCCCUCAUCCUCACCGAGCUGCUCAUGGUGGCCCUGACCAUUCAGACGUGGCACUGGCUCAUGAUCGUUGGCGAGCUCCUGAGCUUGGCGUGCUACGUCGCCUCGCUCGUCUUCCUGCACGAAUUCAUCGACGUGUACUUCAUCACCACGGUGUCGUUCCUGUGGAAAGUGACCGCCAUCACGCUGGUGAGCUGCCUGCCUCUCUACAUCCUCAAAUACCUGCGCAGACGCUUCUCUCCGCCCAACUACUCCAAACUGACCUCGUAGAGGCUGAGCAGAGUCUCUGGCUUCAUGUUCCCCAUCUUCAUCGUCCAAGUCUGCACCACGACCAGAGGAUCAGAUCUGGACCCAUCACCUUGCAUUUUCACCUGAAAUCUUCACUGACCGAUGAGGGAGACUGUGUGUGUGUGUGUGUGUGUGUGUGUGUGUGUGUGUGUGUG